AUGUCCUCAGGCGGUGCAGGAAUCAGUGGCCUGAAGAAAGGGCUUGGGAACUUGAAAAUGGAGCUUCUCAACGAGCAGAAACAGGAAAUCCGCGAGGCGUUCUCGUUAUUCGACAUGAACAAUGACGGUUUGCUCGACUACCACGAGUUGAAGGUAGCGCUCCGUGCAUUGGGCUUUGAAUUGUCAAAAAGAGAGGUUUUGGACAUCAUCCACGAAUACGACAGUGACGACAGGAACUUGAUUUCGUACGAGAACUUCUUCCAUGCGGUCGGAGAGAGAAUAAUAAAUAGGGACCCCAUGGAGGAGAUACGCCGAGCAUUCAAGCUCUUUGACGACGAUGGCACCGGCAAAAUCAGCUUCAGAAACUUGAAGCGGGUGGCCAAGGAGUUGGGCGAGAAUUUGACCGACGAAGAGCUACGGGCAAUGAUCGACGAGUUUGAUCUAGACGAGGACGGAGAGAUCAACGAACAAGAGUUCAUUAAUAUCUGCACCGAGUAA